AUGCCCCCCCGAGUAUCACAGUCUGGCUCCUCGCGCAGCGGGCGAGGCGGGCCGCCUCCACGGGGAUCGUCGCCGAGCGGACGUGGCCGAGGCGCACCCACUCGCGGAGGCGCACCUUCUAUUCGCGGAGGCGCCUCGUCCGCUGGUGCCGUCUUACCUUCGACAUCGGACCACAUCACGACGAUCGGCGUCAAGAGGACGGCCUUUGGACGAGCUGGACGUCCGCUUACUGUAUUCACAAACCACUUCGAGGUUACUAUACCAGAAAAUGUGAUCAUGCAUUAUGAUGUAAUAUCACCCAGCGAGAAGGUUCUGCCAGCGCGUCUGAACAUGGAUAUCAUCACCACGUUGCAACAAGUAGUUGCGCCGGAGAUCUUCACCCCUCGUGCCGUUUAUGAUGGACGUAAGAACCUGUUCGCCAUUCGGGAGCUUCCUUUCGGUGGCAAGGAUUCUGCAGAAUUCGAGGUUCCUCUGGCCGGGGCAAAGCCGCCAGCCAAUCCCAAUCGGGCACCGAAACCGUACAAAGUGCGCUUGACCAAAGUGGCAGAGAUCAACCCUGAGGUUUUGGCGAGGUUUUUGAUCGGGAAGCAAUCGCAUGACAAUUCCGUAAUAACAGCGAUCACGGCACUCAACGUGGUCAUACGAAUGGAGCCGACUAUUCACUAUCCCUUCAACAUCCGUUCCUUCUUCACUGACCGCGAGACCAAAGAUAUCGGCGCUGGGCUGGUGCUCUGGCGCGGAUAUUUCCAGUCUGUCCGCCCUGGAACAGGCAAGAUGCUGAUUAACGUGGAUAUCUCGACCGGCACCAUGUACAAACCAGGAAGACUGUUGGAUCUAUGUCUGGAGGCUGCAGGGCAAAAACAACCCGCUGCCCUGGCACCCAAACGUGGAUUGCCCGAGAAAGCGCGCAUCCGCUUGCAACACUUCAUCUCGGGCAUCAGGAUACAGACGUUGGAUGUCAACGGUCGGCCCUCAGGAGCGGCGCGCGUCGUCAAGAAGCUGAGCUCUGCUGGUGCAUCGGAAGUGUCAUUCACGAUGCGAGAAGGAGGGACCAUGACGGUGGCGGAGUACUUCCAUAAAACAAGAAACCGGCCCCUUCAGUUCCCGGAUGUGAUCUGUGCCGAGGUGGGGUCGGGAGCCUUGAUUCCACUUGAGCUUUGCUACGUUCCUCCGGGGCAAAUUAUGCGCAAGCAGAUGCCAUUGGACAAGACCAGGGAGGUUCUCGAAUUCGCCACCAAGAAACCUGGAGAUCGUUUGGCCAGUAUCCGUAACGGUCUUGGUGUCCUCAACUACGGACAAUCGGAAUACGUCCGCCACUUUGGGAUGCACGUUACGGAAACGCAAGGACCCUUGAAAGUGGCUGCCCGUGUGCUUGCACCGCCCACGCUUAGAUACGGCCGGGAAAGUCGACAGCCGAAUAUCGUUCCGAGGGACGGUCAAUGGAAUAUGGUCGAUAAACGUUUCUUCCGUCCCGCAACUAUCAAACAUUGGGCUGUGGUUGUGUUCGAGCGUGAAGGCAGAUUCCUAAUGCAGCAUGCUCAGGAGACGAUCAAAGGUCUGAUUGAGGCUGCCAGGGAAGUUGGCAUGAAGGUGGAAGACGUUAGUCCCAUCAUCAAGUUCGAAAAUGGCCAUAGACCACCCUCAGUGGUGCUUCCGGAAGUGGGCAAGGAAGUCCACAACAGAUACAAAGAACUCCCCAUGUUGAUAGUGGUUGUGCUUCCGGAUGGCGGUUCGGAUAUCUACUCUGCAGUGAAACAUUUUGGUGACGUUAGGGCCGGUGUUGCAACACAAUGCCUGAAGAGCAGCAAGUGCAUGCGAGCCAAGAAACAGUACUUCUCGAAUGUGUGCCUGAAAAUUAACGUGAAGCUGGGCGGCAUCAAUAUGAUUCCCGAACCUUCAACCGUCUCUGUCCUGACCGAUCCAUUAAACCCGACUAUUGUCAUGGGUGCCGAUGUCAUCCAUCCUGCCCCUGGGUCUGAGGGUCGUCCGUCCUUCACGAGCUUGGUCGCGAAUGUGGACUCCGACACGGCUAAAUACAUUGCCGACUCUCGCGUACAAACAUCUCGCAAGGAGAUGAUCGAGGAUUUGAAGGAGAUGAGCAAGCAUAUGCUCACCAUGUAUAUGGGCUAUCGCGCCAGUGUCGAGAAGAAGGCUAAGAAAGAACCCAGCCGAAUAAUUUUAUACCGCGAUGGAGUAUCGGAGGGUCAAUUCAAACAGGUCCUAGAACAAGAGCUGCCGCAGCUACAAGAGGCUUGCAGUGAGCUAGGUAUCAAACCGAAGAUUACCAUCGUCGUCGUUGGCAAGCGACAUCACGUCCGAUUCUUCCCGACCAACGAGCGUGACGGUGAUAAAUCCGGAAACUGUCCGGCAGGGACCGUCGUCGACCAGGAAGUUGCUCAUCCGACCGAAUUCGACUUCUACCUCCAGAGCCAUGGAGGUCUGCUAGGUACAUCUCGUCCUGCGCACUACAGUGUUCUUUACGAUGAGAACGGAUUCCAACCCGACGAUUUACAGUCGCUUUCCUUUGCCUUGUGCCAUGUGUACGCUCGAUCGACGCGCUCCGUCUCAAUUCCUGCGCCUGUAUACUAUGCCGAUAUUGUUUGUUCUCGUGCCAAAAAUCACUAUGCACCGGACUCUCGCCUGGAUUUCUCUGAAUAUGGAGAUUCGAAACAGGGUUCCACAAGCGGAGACCCUCUGGAGCCGUAUAAAGAGGGUUUCAAACCGCUGCAUCCAGCGAUGAAGAAACUGAUGUACUUUUCUUGA